AUCACCGUUCUGACGUCAUUAUUCUGCAGUCUGCUGUAAAUAAUUGUUUGUGCCGGCGCCGGGUUCUUAAUUCUUCUAAAACAAGAAGUAAUUUGAAUCAAAAUGCCUUUAUCAAAGAAUGUUGAUCAUUUUGUGCUUCCUAACAUCAUCAUUAUGGCUGUAGUCACAGUGGGUCUUCUUUUAACGGUGUUGUGCACCUUCAAACCCGAGGUUGUUCCUUAUGCCUACAUGGGACCACUUGGUGAUUUGGCUCACUACCUUGCAUACAAACAAACCCUAGUUAUGCAGACAAUAUGUUGUACAGCAAUCUUCCUACAUGUUGUUGAGGCCUUCUAUGCGUAUUACCUAGCAGGGACGAAAGAGUUAUCAAGUUCCGCAAGACUCAAGUGGGGCAUUGGUACUCUGUGUUUUGGCAUCUUCUGCAUGUACGAGUUGUUGAAGUAUGACCCAACUAAGCAUCAGAAGAAUGAAUGAUUAAAGUGUGCGAGCUACAGAAAUAAUGUGAACCUACUUCAAUGACAAGCCAGGUUGUGUGACCAAUAUUUCAAGUCUUCUACAGGGUUUGGUACUGUAUAUACGGUAAGCAUUGACAAUAUAAGGUGCCUUUGCCAGAACCUCAGGGGAGGCUGGACUGAGCUGCAUGGAUUCUCUUUAGGUGGAUGUCAGGUUAUUCAAAAUUUCAAACUGUAUUCUAGUUAUGAAAUGUCUGCAGUUGGAUUGUAGGCCAAUAAGCUUUUGGGCAAAUAAUGGUGUCUUUAAUAAUUGUCAGAACUGCAGUAUAGGGAAUGAGCUUAAUAAUAUGUGAGCUAGUAGCUUUAUGAACUUCACUGGGAUGCCAGGCUUUUCCCAAUUUAAAAUAGAUCUAUAUUUUUCAAGCUUCAAAGUGUUUAUAUUUUAAAUGUAGGUCAAACGUGAUCGUCCUAUAAACUCUGAACCAUUGCAAAUAAAGGUGUUUUUAUUUCAGAACAAUAACAACAGAAGGAAUGAGUUAAAUAGUAUUUAAUGGGAGAUGCCAGGUUUUGUCCCAUUUCAAACGGCAUUCAAGUUAUGAAGUGCCUACAUUUAGUAUUGUAGGCCAAUCAUUAUCUUCCUAAUUACUCUGAACAGAGUCAACGGGGCAUGUGAAGAUAUCUUUGUUUCAGAAUUCAGAGCUACAAUGGAUUUUGAGCCUACUUCAAUGACAUGCUAGCCUUGCUAGGUUUUGUCCAGUUUUCAAAGUUUAUUCAGGAUUCUCCUAUUAUUUCUAAAGUCUGAAUAUUGGUGUAUAUAAGUGUGUUCUUGUUUCACGAGUCCACUGUUUCUAAUCUGAUGAAUCAACUGUUCAUAACAGUACAUGUAGACUCAUUAAUAAAAUUGUGUGCUUUACCAUAGCAACAACCAUCAAUUUAGUGCAAUGUGAUAAAAACGCUCAUCAGCAAUGGAAAUUUUUUUAUACUCUACAUGGUAAAUUAGGCGAAAUUCUGCAUAAACCAUGGGUUUAAUCGAUCGAUGGGCUUUAUAUUAUCUUUGUGAUUCGGACCGAUGUUUUCUAUUUUCAUUCUUACUUUUUUUCAUAUUUUAAGUAUGGGAGUGCAAUCUUGUAUGAAUAAUGAUUUUGAAUUAAAUUAGAUUAUAGAUUUUAAAAGUCUUCCUUUUUCAUUCCUUUAAAAAGAUUUAUCUCACUUUUAUGAAUCUUGCAAUCAUUUCAGGCUUCAUGUACUGUAUGUCAUACUUAGUCAUUUGAAAUGUAUAUAAAUCAUACAUAUUUUUUUCACUUGGCUUUCCUUUUCAAACAGGAAACGUAUAUUUGGGUGUUCCAUAAAGCUGUUCAUGAGGUAAAUUGCCAAUUCGUCUACUGCCAACUCAUCCACUUACCACAUGGUUUACCUUCAUUUAAUCUAAUGCCAUUCAGUCCAUCAACAUUUCAUCUAUUUGGUCCAAUAAUCACUUUGUCUAAUCACCAGUUCAUCUAUGACCAUUUUGCCUAAUAACCAGUUGGUCUAAUACCUAUCUUCUUUUCAUUCAUUUUGCACAAUUUAACACUUAGGCCAAUCAGACCAAAUGGUAAAUGGACUAAAUUUGGACCAACUGGUUAUUAGACGGAAUGGCAUUAGACUAAAUGAAAGUUGACCAUGUGGUGAGUGGACGAACUGAUGGUAGACCAAGUGAUAGUAGAUGAGUUGGCAAUUGGACGAAUUGGAAAUAAACCGUUGAGACAUUCACAACUUUACACAGGACAGAUGACCUGAGGCCCGUUUCAUAAAGACUUGAUAUAAUAACAAAUUUACAGUUUAUGUAACAAGCUUAUGAUCAGCCAAUCAAAUUGAUUGAUUUCAGUAGCUUUGAACUGUCAUUGCAAAUUUGUUAUUAUAACAAGUUUUAUGAAAUUGGGAUUCAGUUCUUGUGUGCUAAAGCAAAUUCUCAAAUCAUUUUACUCGCAUUCAAAGUAAGUUGGGUAAUAUUAAAGAAAAAAUACCUUUUUGUCAAUAACAAAAAUUUGCUUUAGCUUGAAAUGAGAAGUAAAUUCCCAUUUUAUAUGAAAUCACAGAGAAUAAUUUGUUUAGGUUUUAAUUCUUUGGAGAAAAUAAAUUAAGAGGAAAGCCCCAUAAAACAAUCUUUCUCUCUGUCCCCUUUUUCUCCCCCCCCCCAUCUUUUUUUUUCUCUCUUUGUGUGUGUGUGUUUUUUUUUUUUGGGGGGGGGCGACUGCCCCCCACUGGCUACAUGCCUUUAGCUGGUGAAUCUAAAGUCAUAAAUGUUGCUAGCAAACAGCUUCAUGACACACCACCAUGUUCAUGUAUAUGUAACAAGUUUGAUGAAGACCUGGGGGGGGGGGGUAUUUCACAAAGAGUGAAGUCUGACUUAGAGUUACGGUAUGCUUUUAAAACGAUACUCCAGGCUGAAAAUAUUUAUAUCUAAAUAAAUAGAGUAAAAGUCACAAAGCAAAAUGCUGAAAAUUUCAUCAAAAUCGGAUAACAACAAAGUUAUUGAAUUUUAAAGUUUAUCAAUACUUUGUGAAAACAGUUAUAUGCACAUCGUCAUGAAUAUUCAUUAGGUGGGCUGAUGAUGUCAUAUCCCCUCUUUUCUUUUUAUUAUGUUAUUACAUGAAAUGAUAAUUGUUUCAUUUUUUCAUACAUGUGUAAUGUGUCUCCAUUAUGAUGAAAUAAGUUGCAGCAAUAAAUAACUAAUACACUUACAUGUAAUCAGUUGUCAAUUCAAUUGUUUUAGUUCUUGGUAGAAAAUAUUUAAAUAAACCUGAUUUCAAAUAAUAAAAUACAAAAGAACAAGUGGGGACAUGACAUCAUCAGCCCACCUAAUGAAUAUUCAUGAACACAUGCCUUAAACUGUUUCACCGGAAUAACGCAAAUCUUUAAAAUUCAAUAACUUCGUUAUUUAUUAUCCGAUUAUGAUCAAAUUUUCAGCAUUUUACUCCGGUCCGUGAGUUUUACUCUUUUUAUUGAGAUAUAAAUAUCUCCAGCCUGGACCAUCCCUUUAAAAUGUCGACGGACACAUGAAACGCACAAUCUUAUUGAUGGGUAUGCAGUAGUGUGUGUCCUCUAAGCACCACUUGACCAAUUUUUUCUGCAAACAACUGGGAAUAUAAGUGCGAAUCUAGGUGACACUUAAUCUUUGUGAAACACCUCCUGUGUUCUUCAAAGAAUGUGGAUUAGUGCUGGCUUAAGCACAUUUUAUGGAUUUAUGGUGCUGUAUUCAUAAAAAACAAUUUUAAACUGUAUUCUACAUGAAUUUUAUUAUGUACAUGUCUUUUUUUUCCAACCAGAAUAAAUAUACAGGAAAAGAAA